UGUGGAGCUGGUAGAAUGGCAGAACCAAUGGCUAGGUGAGCUUAAUUUCCUGCUGUACUGAUGUCAGAAUAUUUUCUUUUAAAUCAAAUAAUAAUUUUUAAUCUAUAAAUUAAGAUUAUUUAAUAUAUUCUUUGAAUUAAUAGAAAUUCUGAACCGUUUAAUGAAGAACUAUAAAAUAAUCUUACUUUUAACGUAAUGUAUUAUUGUGAUUCAUUGCGACUUUUAAAAGUAAAUUCAUUAAUGUAUAAGAUUAUUAAAUGUGAUUACACCAUGCAAAAGUUCUGUUGUUUUUUUUAAACCCUGCUAAUGUAGAUUUAGCCCUCAUUUUUUAUCAACACUCCAGAACUGCACAAUUUGAGUAAACGAAAUAGAAAUAUUAAAAUUGUCAUAAAAAUGUCAAAACUUUAGUUAGGAAAUAAGUAGCUUAACUGCCCUUUGGGCUUACUUUUAAAAAAAUCCACAUUCAAUUUUAUUUGUUACAUUUAUACAAAUAUACGCAUAAUGUGUGAUCAGGGUACAGACAUAUCUUCACGAAGGGGAGCAAACCAAGGCUCUGACCACACUGGACAUAGAAAUAUCUCACAGCCCCUCACAGUCAAUAACUCCAUUGCUAGAGGUAUGUCAAAAGUUGUGUACGUAAUGAUCCAACUGACUCAUUUCAUCCUAUCCUCAGUGAUUCUCAACCUUGUCAUAUGAAAGCCUGCUUUUAUUUGUAUCUAAAGGAUCACAAAAUUGUCACAUUUUGAAAAUAUGUUCCUUUUUAUCAAGCGUGCAAAAGUAUGACUCAUGCUUUUGACAUUUUGCAUCUGCCAAAAUAUUUUAUUAAAUAUAAAUUUACAAGUAUUUGUGCUUUAAACUAAUUUUGUUAAAACUGUAGUAGUGAUUUACAUAAAUGUUCAUUUUUUUUCUUGUGUUUCUUUCUUUGAUAGUUUUAUAAAUCAAUCUUAGACAGCAAAAUAACAUUUAAUUGAUCCAAGUAUUUUAGUGUUAGUAUUUGCAAUUCUGUAUGAACUUAUUUCUGACUGUUCAUUGGAAUUAAAAACCUUGACUAAGUAAUUUGUGCUGAUAAGACUAAUGCUUUUGUUAAAUUUUUAGGCCAUUGAAUCAUGUGGCGCAGACUACAUCCUGCAGCGUUGUUUGUCUGAACUGAAAUAUGACAGAUGGGGACUGACACCUCAGUCUUCUUCUCAGACGUCAACCCCAAGUGAGCUAGAGGAAUUUGCCUACCAGGCGGCAUGGAAGCUUGGACAGUGGGAUGUCAAAGUACCUGCCAGGUAGACCUAGAAAUAUAUCUGGCUAUAAAUUCUGCUCAUAAAAAUUUAUUUUUUUCUUCUUCCUUUAACUUUUGUAAUCUGGAAAUUAAUAGUAUUCUUAUGUUAUUUAAAAAAAAAAUUAAUGUAGAUAUUUAUUUAUUUUAUACAUUUCAGGCAGAAGAAGAGUGUCCCAUUUCAUCAGUCAUUGUACCAUGCCAUGUCUUCAAUACGGGAUGGACACUUGGAUGUGGCCAAAUGUGCUGUAGAAGCUGCUAGGUAAACAAAAAUACUUUCACCAUAAAUCUCAUCAGACAUUGGGGGCGGGGGGUGUGUGUUAAAUUUAUGUGUUGCCACCAAAAUUUAAAGUUUAAAUCAGUAUAGAAUAAUAAACAAAUUGGUAUGGGGGAAAAAGCAGAUGGUUUAGUAAUUUACGGUUCAAUUUUUCAAUAUGUUUUUAAAAUUAGGCUAGUUGCCAUUUUGGAAAUACAAUUAUUUUUUUUCAUUUAUGUCUUUGAGUAUAUAAUAUUUGUUAAAUCUACUGCAUCUAGUCCAUGGGAAAACAUUUCUUUAAAAUAACGCUCUUAUGUUUUAACAAAAUUCAUUUACUGCAGAAUGUAUUUGGUCAGCAUCUUUGAUCCAAAGGUGGAAAACAGCCUGAGCUUGUCUCCCUUUUUGUGUCAGCUACAAUGCUUGAGUCACUUGGAUCAUGUGCUGGAAAGUUCCCUCAGGUGAGUUGACCGUGCUUGAGCCUCUUGGACCAUGUGCUGGAAUGUUCCCUCAGGUGAUUUGACAGUGAUUGAGUCAUUUUGACCAUUUGAUGGUAUGUGCUUUUCAAGUUUGGAUUUUAUUCGUUUUCCAACACGGUUUGACUUUAGAAGGGUUCAGAAUGUGUUUGUCAUGUUUGACUGGGACAAUCCCUUUUUUUAAAUUAAUUUAAUGGUCUUACAUGUCAUCACACUGUGUUCGUACUUCACUGACAUCCAAGACUGACAGUACAAGACAGAAUGCAGUAGAAAAAACAAAUGCAAGAACAAAUUGAAGAUUUUCACAGUAGCUCAAUUAAGACCUGACAUUGUCAGUGCUUCACGGAUGUGUACUAAGGACCAUCGGUCAAAAUCAAAAUUUUUUAAGGUUUUUUUUUUGCCAGAAUUGUCCAAUUGAAGCUUUGAAAAGCAAAGAAAUAUCAGCUGAUUUCGAGUGUUCAUUCCAGAAUUUCAUCACAGAAACUUUCGACAUUGCAUUUAUCACUACAUGUUAUACAUUUGAUUUGUAAGAGAAAGAAUUGGGAGCUAUUACAAAGUUAAUAUUUAGUUUGCAACCAUAAAUUGUUUUUAAUUAUCCUUAAACGAUAGUCAUAAAAGGUCAAGGCUGCUGUCAUGAUAAGCAAUGGAUAUUCGGAUGUGAUCGAUUGCAAUGUGAUCACAUAGUCAGGCUCAUUUCCCUAUGGGCAGAUCCGUCCAGGAUAUCUGUGAAAUAUGGAGCCAGUGUGAUCGCAGCUUUAGCAAGCUAUUUAUUAGUAAGGAUCAGUCUUUACAAAUAUUUUGUUCCAUCUUACUACCUUAUGAUCCAGAUUAGAUUUUUUUUUCAAAUAUACUUUAUUUGGGAAUUUUUUUUAAUUUAUUUACACUGUAUGUUAAGAUAAUAGUUUAUUUAUUUCAGUGAAAGCAAUAUCUCCAUACUGGCAGAUGGCUGCCAUGAUAACUCAUUUGAUUUUGAGUACAUCAAGCCUCAGCUGUAUCUUGGAGCAUCUGUGGGGAAAAUACUGGCCGAAAGAGGAAGUCAGUCGGGUGAAGACCUGGAGGUCAGGGCGUUGUGGAGUUUGGCAGUGUGUGGCAGGAAGGCAAAAAGUUUUCAGGUCAAACAAAAAUUAUUGUGGCUAUAACAUGCUUUACCUUGAUGUUUUUAAAUUAUGAUUUAGUUAAAUUUUAAAAAACAUAUCUACUAAUCUUUAAUAAUAAUAAUCAUCAUGUCUACUCCUUGAUUUUUGAAAAGGAUGUCUACAACACUGUCCCCUCCUCUUAAUGCUUUGCACUGAUGAUAAACCCAGAACUAUGUAAAUAAGGGAUAAAAAAUGAUUUAUGAUGGAAUACCAGUUAAUGACAACCUCGGCUUUAAGGCAUUGUAAAGAACGUAACAUGGUACAUGUAGACAAAAGAACCCUCAAAGUCAGUGCAUCUGGAAUUAUUAUUAUAGGUUAUCCAAUUCUUCCCGUAUUUUAUGCGUGUGACGUUGUUGCGUUGCCCCAGCUAGUUUAAAAUAAUUGGUUUUAGUUCUUAUUACUGUCUAGUACAGUGAAGUAGCAGCAGAUUCUUGGUUGUUGCUUUAAAAGAAAUCCUUCAAUAUAAAUUGUUGUAAAUGAUGUAUUUUAUUUAAUGCAAGAUCCUUUCAACUCAUUGUGUCUGUGUACAUGUGCAAAAUUCUUUCAACUCAUUAUGUCUAUGCAUGUGCAAGAUUUUAAACUCAAUAUGUAUGUGAGCAAGAUUCUUUAAACUCAGUAUGUCUAUGUACAUGUGCAAGAUUCUUUUAGCUCAAUAUGUCUAUGUACACAUGCAAGAUUCUUUUAACUCAAUAUUUUUAUGUUCAUGUGUAGGAUCUUUUAACUCAAUAUGUCUUAUGUUUACAGCUGGCUGAGAAAGCUGUCAGAGAACUGAAAACCAAAGACUUGAGUAGAACUUCCCGGCUGAGCACAGAACAGCUUCACAUGGAAGAAGCUAAGCUGUUUUGGGCCAGAAGUGAAGUGAAUAUUGCCAUGAGCAUCAUGAAAACUCUGAUCACUAAGCUAAGUCAGGUAGGGGAAUCCUUUAAAUGAGCAUCAUGAAAACUCUGAUUACUAAGCUAAGUCAGGUAGGGGAAUCUUUAAAAAUAAAACCUGAGUUGAGGAAUAUCAAUGUUUAGCAAGACUUUCAAAUGUUGAGACUAUAGUUGUUACAGGCUGGGUAAUGCUGUCCUUAAAUGCGGGUGUUUGAAUGUAGUGAAUGUGGAUGACAUCUGAGGUGUGCAUUCUCCCAUAGGAUCAAGAUCCUAGCACAUCAUGUCCUCCUCUCAUGUACGCUCAAGCACUAGGAACGUACGGCAGCUGGCUUGCCGAGACAAAGUCCUCCACACCAACAGUCAUCAUUAGUGACUACCUGGAGAAGGUAUUUGUGCUUUUAAUUAUUUUUUUUAAUAUCAAUAACUGUAACUGCUUACACCCUUCCCAAAUAAGUCAUACUUCUGUUUUUUUGUUUUCAUCUUCAGAUGUAUCGGUUUCACUUGUUUUAUUCCCCAAUAUGACAUUCAUAAUUUAACAGCGAAACUGUUUGAUUUAUUUCCCUCCAUUCACCAGACGGUGACACUGAUGUUGAAGCACAGAGAAUCCAUAGCGUGUGACCACACAGCCCCCAACAGCUUCAUGUCCCUGGCCAGGUUUGCAGAUGAGCAAUAUCAGCAGGUGGCGGACCACAUGAGGUCACCAACGUUUCAAGAUAAACAAAAUCUUCUGCAGAGGUCAAGGUCAGAGCUCAAGGAGUGUCAAGGUUAUGGUCUAAGAGAAAGGUGAGGGAUGAUUUGAUCGCACAAAGUUUUCAAAUUUUUUUAUUCAUGAUAAAGUGUCCUCGUUUUAUAGCCAUUUUAAUUGUUUCUAUAGUAUAGUAGUUACUAUCCUAGUGUCUCAUUUUUAUUUUAAUUAGUUUACAUGUUUUUAAUAAUUGUAAAGCACUUAGAGCUUUAACUCUCAAAAGACUGUAGAUUUUUCCAUUUUUUAAUGACCUUGAAUAUAUCUUAUUCUUCAAAGUGUCUCAUGACUGUAAUUUUGUAGCUACCUCCAAGUAUUAUAUAUGAUUUUAAAGGUAAUUGGAUGCUCUUUAAUUGAUACUUGGUGUUUGUACACAAUAUCCUUGCUAAAUUUGAUGUUUUAUUAUUUUUGGGCAAAAAAAUUAUUUUUUUAAGUCGACAAAAAUAUAACAUCACAGUUUUACAAAGAAGGGAAAAAAAAAGUGUUUCCAAUUAAAUCAAUAAAAUUGAUAUUUUAUUAGAAUCUGUUCAAUACUAUAAAACAUAUUCAAAUUUCAAAAGAAUAGACUCAUAAAUAAAAAAGUUAUGACUAUUUGUAGGCAACAGGUCAUUCAAGGAAAUAUUGCUCAAAAAGUCAAAAUUAUUUUCAAAAAAUAAAAAUAAUUUUUUUUUUCAAAGGAAAACAUAUACUGCAUCAUAUUAUCCUUUAGAGGGUUAUUAGUAAGUAUUAUUUGAGAAGAAAAGUGAAGAAAAAAAGGCAAAUUUUAAUAAAUAAAUUUUUUUAUGCAUCCCCGAGAUACCGAUCAAAGGAUAUAAUCCUUCGCCAAGACCAUGCAUAAAAAUUCUUGAAAACAAUUUCUUUAUUUAUUAAAACAUACAAAUGUAUCAAAAAGAAAGCCUGAGACAUAUGCUCUGACCAUUUUACCCUGUUUUGGUAACCCACAAUUACAUUUUUUGUUAUUGUCAAUCAUUGUCAUGUUGCGGCGCACGAUGUAAAGAUUUCGGGCUUUACAGUAUCAGGUUCAUCAUCAAAUAUGUCAAUUGUUCCCUAAAUUGUUCAUUAAUUGCUACAUUUUCUUGAUGCUGAUACAGUUGAUUGUAUUUUGCAUUGAGAUACAGAAGUGUCUCCCAAUUUUGCACAGCAUGUUUCCUUUAUUUUCAGUAUCAGAAACUUUUAGGAAACUCAAUAUAGCCUUGAAUAUGUCCUUAGUACUAAUGGCCUUGCUCAUUGUCCAUCAUAAAAGGAUUUCCUGGACAUUUCUUGUAAAAUUAAGAGCUUGAUAAGUCCAGCAUUCAUAAUAAUAAAUCCACUUAGUAGCUAAAACUCCCCUUCAAUGAUGUUAUAAUGGUACCAAUUUUUGAAAACACAAAAGUUCUGCGGUCCAUUGUCCUGCGCACAAGGCUUACUAAUAACCAACCAAAUCUGUAGUAAAGUAGAGGUUGAAAAUGUCAAUUUGCUUUUAAAAUCUCCUUAUAUCCUCUCUUGUUAUAACAUCAGGAAGCAAUAGUCCUUUUCACCUCUGGUCUAAAUGCAGCAAAGAGUCCCACAGUCUUUUGUCAUCAUAGCCCAUUGUAUUGACUAUGUUUGACAUCUGCCCUUCAUAGCAUAGAUGCUGUCAAAAUAUAAAAAAAAAAUUAGUUUAGCUAAAAUAAAAAAAUUACAAUAUAAAUAAAAAGAAUUCAAAAUAUUAAACAAUCUGCCUAAAUUACUUUUACUUCAAGUUUUCAUUGAAAAGGGAACUCAGCUGAUUGUUACAGUGUAAUAAUAGUAAAUAGCCUUGGCCUUGAGAACCAUUGUUUACAUUUUGCUAACUGAAACGUAAUAAUAUUAAAAUAAUUGUAUAACUACAAAUUAAAUUCAAACAAAUAAAUAAUUUAAUCUAUUUCAGAAUUUUAUACUACUGGAACUUGAAUAAAACUAAUGUUAGGGCUAAUAAUAGUGCUAAGAAGUAUCACAGUAUGCGUGAGUUGAGUAUGAAUGAAAAAAGUAAACAAACCUUGGAUGCUAUUAUUAUGAUGAUAAUUUACAGAAUUCUCGGUAUCAGACACAUCUGAAGUGCUAUCUUCAUCAUAAAUAUUCUUCUAAGUAAGAAUAGUCGUCCAUUUCAAGCUUAUAAUCAGAAUCAGACUCCAUAGCAAUGUUUUAGAGUGUAGUAACAGCGAACCGGAAUUGUGGCAAAAUAUGAGUAAAUGGCGAAAAGGAAAAUUUAUGAAUGGACAAGUUGCUACCAGAUUUCUUCAAGAACUAGUAAAAUAAACGAUUUUUCUUUCUUGCCAAAUAGAAAUUUAACAUUCCAAAAUAGCAAAUCUUUAUUUUCGCCUUUUAAUAUUAUUUUUAUAUAUAUUUUAGUGGUCGUUCUUUUCACCCGCCAUAUAUGACCGAUUUUUCAAUCUCCCGUCUUUUGAGAGUUAAGGUAAGCGCUAUAUAAAAAUGCCUAAAUAAAUAAAUAUCUGGAUGUGUGUUAUUUAAUUUGGUACCCAGGAUGAAAUUGAUAUUUUCAAAUUGACAUUUUCGAAUCGAUAUUAUCAAAUUGAUAUUUUCGAAUCAAUAUUUCCAAAUUGAUAUUAUAAAAAUGAUAUUUUCAAAUUGAUAUUAUCAGAUAUUUUUAAAAUUGAUAUUAUCAAACUGAUAUUUUCAAAUUGAUAUUAUCAAACUGAUAUUUUCAAAUUGAUAACAAAUUCUGGAAACGUCUAAAUUGAGUAAGGAUCAAAGGAAAGGGUUUUUUUCUCCAUCACAGAAAAUAAUUUUUCUUUAAAUUUUGUCUUUAUAAAAUUAAUAAAAUAAUAACUCAAUGGCAAGGUAUCUACCUGAAAGUUGUGUUGGUGGGGGUGCUGUUGUAAUGACAACCAAAACAGUUAAAAAGGAAAUUAAGGUCCAGAAAAUUCUGUUCAAUAUUUGUUUAAUUAAUGUCAUGUUUUCAGCAAAUACCUGACGGUGAUAGAGAAAAACAUGAAAAUUGAUGAGGAGGAGAUCACGUCCAUGCUUGAAGACAGGGGAAGGUACCUGCAGCAGGCUCUGGUCAACUACCUCCGGUGUCUUCAGCACGGAGACCUGCACGACCUCAAGGUCUUCAGGGUGGUGGCCUUGUGGUUUGAUAACUGUGACAACCAAGAAGUAAAUGUGUUGAUGAAGGUGAGUGAGACCCACUGAUGUACAUGGCUGCUGCAAGAAAUUUGAAUUUUUUGUUUUAACAUGUUGAUGUCAAAUUUAAAAAAUGAAAAUCCUGUUUUUAAUAAUACGUACUGCAGUCAAGCUAUAAAACAUUAGAUCAGCAGUUUUCAACUUGUGGGUGGCGACCCCUUUGGUAGUCACAUGGCCCUUUCCCAGGGGUCGCCUUAGACCAUCUAAAAACACAUAUACUCUACAGUUAUGAAGUAGCAACGAAAAUAAUUUUGUAGCUGGGGGUCGCCACAACAUGAGGGACUGUAUUAAAGGGUCGCGGCAUUAGGAAGGUUGAGGACCACUGCAUUACAUAGUUGCUCUAUAGUACAGUAGUCAGACUAUAAAACAUUAGGUAGUUGUGCUGCAGUGCAGCAGUUAGGUUACAAAACAUUUAUUAUUCAGAGAUCACCAGCUUAUGGUGAUUGAGGCUGUGUAUUCAUAAGAAGGCAGCUGUUAUAAAUUCCAGCAAAUUAUUUUUCUCUUGUGUCCUAGAAAAAUCUAAAAAGCAUAAAAAGCUUCAAGUUCUUGCCUCUGUAUUAUCAACUGGCAGCCAGGAUGAGUUCAACGGACAAUACAGCGUUUCAGCCCGUCCUAACAGAGGUAAGCCUUAUGUUUUCACAGAGAUAAACACAAUGGCACAUUGCCCAACCAUUUUUGAGAUGCCACCCCAAAAUGUAUCAAAGCGAAGUGACCCUUGACACCAAUACAUUUAUUUUUUAAAAAAUUACGGGCCGAAUGGAGACGUAUCAAAAAUAGAUUUUUCAGUAAAGUAUAAUGACAUGACACUUCAAUAUAAUUUUAACUUGUUCAAUAUUUUCUGCUCUAGUUGAAAAUGGAAUCCGUUUACAAGCUUGAAAACAUGUCAUUGAGAGUUUUCUUUAAUUCAAAUUUAAUGUCACUCUCCAUAUUUUCUCUGUUUUGUUUUUUUUGUUUUUCAAAUAAAGAAUCAUUGAAAAAACACCCUAACAAGAUUGUUCCGAAUGAAAUGCCAGUAUUAUAAUAACAUGAUUGUUUGGCAACAAGUGACAGUAUUAUAAUAACAUGAUUGUUUGGCAACAAAUGCCAGUAUUAUAACAACAUGAUUGUUUGGCAACAAAUGCCAGUAUUAUAAUAACAUGAUUGUUUGGCAACAAAUGCCAGUAUUAUAACAACAUGAUUGUUUGGCAACAAAUGACAGUAUUAUAACAACAUGAUUGUUAGGCAGCAAAUGACAGUAUUAUAACAACAUGAUUGUUAGGAAAAAAAUGCCAGUAUUAUAACAACAUGAUUGUUUGGCAAGAAAUGACAGUAUUAUGACAACAUGUUUGUUAGGCAGCAAAUGAGAGUAUUAUGACAACAUGAUUGUUUGGCAAAAAAUGCCAGAAUUAUAAUAACAUGAUUGUUUGGCAACAAAUGACAGUAUUAUGACAACAUGUUUGUUAGGCAGCAAAUGAGAGUAUUAUGACAACAUGAUUGUUUGGCAAAAAAUGCCAGAAUUAUAAUAACAUGAUUGUUAGGCAGCAAAUGAGAGUAAUAUAACAACAUGAUUGUUUGGCCGCAAAUGCCAGUAUUAUAACAACAUGAUUGUUAGUCAGCAAAUGCCAGUAUUAUAACAACAUGAUUGUUAGGCAGGAAAUGCCAGUAUUAUAACAACAUGAUUGUUAGGCAGGAAAUGCCAGUAUUAUAACAACAUGAUUGUUUGGCGAAAAAUGCCAGUAUUAUAAUAACAUGAUUGUUAGGCAGCAAAUGACAGUAUUAUAACAACAUGAUUGUUAGGAAACAAAUGCCAGUAUUAUAAAGGAAACAAAUGCCAGUAUUUUAAUAACUUGAUUGUUAGGCAGCAAAUGCCAGUAUUAUAAUAACAUGAUUGUUAGGCAGCAAAUGACAGUAUUAUAAUAACAUGAUUGUUUGGCAGCAAAUGACAGUAUUAUAAAAACAUGAUUGUUAGGCAAAAAAUGCCAGUAUUUUAAUAACAUGAUUGUUAGUCAGCAAAUGCCAGUAUUAUAACAACAUGAUUGUUUGGAAAAAAAUGCCAGUAUUAUAAUAACAUGAUUGUUAGGCAGCAAAUGAGAGUAUUAUAACAACAUGAUUGUUAGGCAGCAAAUGCCAGUAUUAUAAUAACAUGAUUGUUAGGCAAAAAAUGCCAGUAUUAUAAUAACAUUAUUGUAGGCAGCAAAUGCCAGUAUUAUAACAACAUGAUUGUUUGGCAAAAAAUGCCAGUAUUAUAACAACAUGAUUGUUUGGCAAAAAAUGCCAGUAUUAUAACAACAUGAUUGUUUGGCAAAAAAUGCCAGAAUUAUAACAACAUGAUUGUUAGGCAGCAAAUGCCAGUAUUAUAAUAAAAUGAUUGUUAGGCAGCAAAUGCCAGUAUUAUAAUAACAUGAUUGUUAGGCAGCAAAUGCCAGUAUUAUAAAAACAUGAUUGUUAGGCAGCAAAUGAGAGUAUUAUAAUAACAUGAUUGUUAGGCAGCAAAUGCCAGUAUUAUAAUAACAUGAUUGUUAGGCAGCAAAUGCCAGUAUUAUAAUAACAUGAUUGUUAGGCAGCAAAUGCCAGUAUUAUAACAACAUGAUUGUUAGGCAGCAAAUGCCAGUAUUAUAAUAACAUGAUUGUUAGGCAGCAAAUGCCAGUAUUAUAACAACAUGAUUGUUAGGCAGCAAAUGAGAGUAUUAUAAUAACAUGAUUGUUAGGCAGCAAAUGCCAGUAUUAUAAUAACAUGAUUGUUAGGCAAAAAAUGCCAGUAUUAUAAUAACAUGAUUGUUAGGCAGCAAAUGAUAGUAUUAUAACAACAUGAUUGUUACGCAAAAAAUGCCAGUAUUAUAAUAACAUUAUUGUAGGCAGCAAAUGAGAGUAUUAUAAUAACAUGAUUGUUAGGCAAAAAAUGCCAGUAUUAUAAUAACAUGAUUGUUAGGCAGCAAAUGAUAGUAUUAUAACAACAUGAUUGUUAGGCAGCAAAUGCCAGUAUUAUAAUAACAUGAUUGUUAGGCAGCAAAUGAGAGUAUUAUAAUAACAUGAUUGUUAGGCAGCAAAUGCCAGUAUUAUAAUAACAUGAUUGUUAGGCAGCAAAUGUCAGUAUUAUAAUAACAUGAUUGUUAGGCAGCAAAUGCCAGUAUUAUAACAACAUGAUUGUUAGGCAGCAAAUGCCAGUAUUAUAAUAACAUGAUUGUUAGGCAGCCAAUGCCAGUAUUAUAACAACAUGAUUGUUAGGCAGCAAAUGAGAGUAUUAUAAUAACAUGAUUGUUAGGCAGCAAAUGCCAGUAUUAUAACAACAUGAUUGUUAGGCAAAAAAUGCCAGUAUUAUAAUAACAUUAUUGUAGGCAGCAAAUGAGAGUAUUAUAAUAACAUGAUUGUUAGGCAAAAAAUUCCAGUAUUAUAAUAAAAUGAUUGUUAGGCAGCAAAUGCCAGUAUUAUAAUAACAUGAUUGUUUGGCAAAAAAUGCCAGUAUUAUAAUAACAUGAUUGUUAGGCAGCAAAUGCCAGUAUUAUAAUAACAUGAUUGUUUGGCAAAAAAUGCCAGUAUUAUAAUAACAUGAUUGUUACUUUAUUUGGGGGGAGGGGUGGUUGGGGGUGUCUAAAAAAAAAAACUUUGUGAGCCAAGGGUUUGGGAAUCUGUGGGUGACAGUAUUUAUCAUGUGGCAGUUACUUUAAGCUUUACAUAAUUCUAUAAUCUGGUCAUUUAAUAGCAAAUGAAAUAACAAUUAAAACGUUUGUAUAAUUAUUGUAGAGGUUCAUUUAUUUGUACUGUUGUUUUAAAUGUUAUGUGAAGUAUACAAGGAAAAUAAACGUAACUAAGAAACAAAAAUUUUAAAAAUUGUGUGAAUACAUUCCCAAAUUUCUCAUUUGCCCUCAGUUAAUGCAAAGGGUAGCAGAAGACCAUCCCCACCAUGCCCUGUGGAUCAUUCUGGCUCUAGCCCAUGCUUAUAAAGAUGAUGAGAUUCUGUCCCAAGGUUCUGAGACAACGACCAAGGAAAAACUGUCUCCCAGUGAAAAAGAAAAUGCUGAAGUGGUGAGUUAGAUUAGGAUGUUUAUGGUUCAUGGUGGUUGUACAAACAAACAGCAUGGAUGGGGCAUAUCCACAAGUCCAUAAUAUGACAUCCAUGACAUGACAGCUAGAUUUCCAUAGCACAACAGCUAGGUUUUUAUGAUAUUUGAGCUAGGUUUCCAUGGUGUGACAGCUAGGUCUCUAUGAUGUGACAGCUAGUUCUCCAUGACAUGACAGCUUGAUCUCCAUGGUGUGACAGGUAGAUUUCCCUAGCAUAAACCUGACCUAAAAGCUAGGCCUCUAUGACAUAGUAGCUAGGCUUCCAGGACAUGACAGCUAGGCCUUCAAGGCUGUGAAAACAAUGGAUUAAUAGUUGACCAAAAUAUCUGCCCAAGGUUUCUUUAAAAAUAUAAAUGGCUUUUCUUUUUUUCUUUCAACUUUUUUUUACCCACAGUAUUAAUUUACUAAACAACACAUACAUUAUUUCAAACAACUGACACCAUGUGGUGACUGUUGUAACUGUAAUGUUUCAUUUCACCCACCAGGCCAGGGUGGAAGCUGCCAAAAACUUGCUGGAACUCUUAAAGAAGAAAAAAGCAGUUUCUGACAUUGUGGAAAACAUGGAGCUCCUGUGCCUCGCUUACAUCCAGCUGGCCAACUCACCUGCCAGCAACAGAGCAGGUGCAUCCACCCACUUGUUUUAA